UGUAAUACAUGCUUAUUGCUUUUUAGAGAAUAUGACGUUGUUGUGGUUGGUGGAGGAAUUGUGGGUGCAGCUUCAGCAAGGGAACUUAAAAUACGCCACCCUAAGCUUAAAAUGGCUAUAUUAGAAAAGGAAAGCGAAUUAGCAAAACAUCAAAGCGGUCAUAAUAGUGGAGUUAUACACGCGGGUAUUUACUAUAAGCCAGGAUCCCUUAAAGCAAAAUUAUGUGUAGAAGGUUUACAACUGAUGUACAAGUAUUGCGACCAAAAGAAAAUACCCUACAAAAAGGUAGGAAAACUCAUUGUGGCGACCAACGAAGUAGAAGUGAAGAGACUUGCAGAUCUUCAUGAUAGAGCUAUACAAAAUAAAGUUCCUGAUAUCAAACUACUGAACGGAGUAGAAGAAAUUCAAAAAAUUGAACCCUAUUGUGUGGGACUUCAAGCCUUGUGGUCACCUCAUACAGGAAUUAUUGACUACACAUUGGUCACUAAACAGUAUGGAAUAGACUUUAAAGAACAAGGUGGAGAAAUCCAUCUUAAUUUCGAAGUCAACGGUUUUGAAAAUUCCAAAGACAAUAACUAUCCAGUAUUAAUUAAAUCUACAGAUGGGCAACAAGUCAAAAGUAAAUACGUGUUAACUUGCGGUGGACUUCAUUCAGAUAAAUUAGCAGAAUUAUCAGGUACGUCUAAAAUUAUUUAUUUAUUUAUUUGGAAUCCCCCAGAAUCCGAUUUAGAUGUAAUACUUGCUUUUUUUAAGCGCUGGAAAAAGCGGCAAUUGAUCAAGGGAAUCAUUUACCCCGUUCCCGAUCCUCGUUUUCCAUUUUUAGGAGUCCAUUUCACUCCAAGAAUGGACGGAAGCGUUUGGUUAGGCCCAAAUGCUGUUCUAGCUUUUAAAAGAGAAGGAUACACGUGAGUACAUUAUGUA